GCCGCCAUAAAGCACCAGAAGAAGAAAUAAGACCCAAUGUUGCAUGUUGGGUCUCUUUAUUUGUCGCCGAAUAAAUUGUGGGUCUGAAAUUUUGAGCUGAGCGCAUAGAUGCUGGAAAGAACAGAAAUGACGGUGGUGGCGGACGUUAUUUUCUCCAUCAGUCAAACACCUGAGAAGGACGAAUCUGUUCUCCUUCGGUGCUCCAGAGCCUUCGUGGGGGACAGAGAGCUGUAUCGCUCUGAUAACAGACUGCUUUCAUCUGGCAGAGAAGUCACUGAAGUGCAAGAAUCUGAAGAUGCCGAAGAGAAAGAAAUCUUGGAUGAAGAGUCUGAGCUGAUGGCUAAGAUGGGUUUGCCUGUAGCAUUUGCCAGCUCUUCUGAGCAGAAGGUUCAGAAAAAAAGAAGGACAAACAGAAAGCCCAUCACGUGUACCGAAAAACUGCCUAGAGAUAAGGAGGUAGGCAAAGAUUUCCAGCAGGUCUCCAAAGCAGCUCUGUCUGACCACUGUGUGAUUUCUGAAGAGGGACAUCAGAAUGAAGUGCACCAAGUAAUGAAUGUUGCAGAGGAGAUCCAUGACACUUCCUGGGAAAACUACUGGGUUCAGAAUGGACAGGACCUGUUGUGGAACUCCUGGCUGGAAAAGCAUCCAGACGCCAGUGCUCCGUCUGGAGACCAUCUUGGAGCCGUCACUGCUCCCUGGAAUAAUCCAGACACAAAAGCUCUCUGGGACCAACUGGCUGCAGAGACUUACUACUUGUAUUGGGAGCAAUUUUCAUAUUGGACAUCACUGGGCUGGACUACUGAGCCUCAAAUGUGUAACUCGAACACUAGUGAUGAAGUGGAGACUGACGCUCUGAUACAGUCAGAAGAACAAAGUGAAGGGGAAACUGGAGCUGGGAGCCGAGAGGAAGAAAAUAAAGUUGAUAUUAUGAGUAAUCUGCUCAGAGAAAACUGCAUAAUAGAGCAAAGCAGGAGCUGUGCAGCUGACUUGGAGACCAACAGAUUCCUGUUUUUUAGAGCUGAUGUUGGAAUGCAGUCAGAUGAGUGCUUCUGUGGGGAACCUUCAGAUGCUGGGGAUGAUCAGAAGAAACCUGCUGGGAGCUCUCAGGACAGCUCGGCUAAACAAACAGAUUCGAAGCAAGUCGCUGUCCUACCUCAGAGAAUCUGUGGCUCAAACAGUAAAACUUCAGAGAGAACAGGUGAUGAAGAGGAUGAUGAUGACAAGCACCCAAGAAGAUUUAUAAAAACCAAAUGCAGUCAUGAGCUGGAUUUGGAGGAGUGUCCACAGCUUACACUGAAGGAGGUUUGGUCCAAACUAGGACUCAAGCACAAACUCCAGCCCCAGUCGGGAAUUGUCAUAAACUAUAAACAUUUCAAUGGUCCGAGGCCUAAAAAGACUAACAAGGUAGUCAGAAGCAUCAACAAACACACCAAAUUCUCUGAGACGGAUGGAGAUGACUCAAAUCAAAUUAACCCUGCCCUCUACAAGGUUCAAAAUUUUCUUCAAAACUUGCCAAGGGAAGCUCAGAUGACGGAUGUAAAAGAGGAAAAGAGAAAUAAGGGAAUUAAGAAGAAAAAUGAUGAGCCUGUAGAAGAUGAAAGAUGCAAUUAUGAAUCCACUUCAGAAACAAAAAUGAUGGAGGACAAUGAAUGUUCCUCUUCCUCCAACUUCACUGAAAGAUCUGUGGAAGAGCCAAGGGAUGUGGAGAAUCCUGGGAGAUCACUAACAUUUCAAGAGAAGCUGGACCUUGUUCCAUCACACACACUUGAAGGACAGAUGGUAAAACAUGUGAAGAAGCCAAAUAAAACCCGUAAAAGAAGAAAGAAGCCGAAGGUCCCAGCAGAGAUGACAGCAGAUCCUGAGCUUGCCAAGUACUGGGCUCAACGCUACCGCCUGUUUUCCCGCUAUGACGAAGGGAUUAGGUUGGAUCGAGAGGGCUGGUUUUCUGUGACACCAGAGAAGAUUGCUGAGCACAUUGCCCUCAGGGUGGAACAGAGCUUUGCUGACUCCCAGGUGGUGAUCGAUGCUUUCUGUGGUGUGGGAGGAAAUGCCAUCCAGUUUGCACUCACUGGAAAGAGAGUCUUGGCGAUUGAUAUAGACGGAGAACGGCUGGCCAUGGCUCGGCACAAUUCUGUGGUCUACAAUGUGGUUGACCGAAUUGACUUCCUUCAAGGAGACUUCCUUCAGCUGGCGCCCACUCUGCGUGGUGACGUAGUCUUCCUGUCCCCACCGUGGGGCGGACCGGACUAUUUGAAUUCGGAUGUGUUUGACAUUCAGACCAUGAUGGAACCUGAUGGCUUCAGGAUCUUCAGCCAAGCGAAACGGAUAACAGAAAAUAUUGUGUAUUUCCUGCCUCGCAACACAGAUAUGAAUCAGGUCGCCUCUUUGGCAGGUCCAGGAGGGAAAGUCGAAGUGGAGCAGAACUUCCUUAACAGCAAGCUUAAGACUGUAACUGCUUAUUUUGGCCACCUGAUAAACCCUGAUGCCUAGCAUUUGCCGCUUAGGAUUUAGGUUUUACGUCUUGUUUUAAAUUUUCUCUGCAGAAAUCCUAAAAGUCAAGUGAAAGCUUCUUUUUUAUGUGCAUUUUAUCCUUAUUUUUUGUACUUCUAAGCAAAAAAUAAGGAUAAAAUUAAAGGUUUUAUAUUAAGUUACUUUUUGUAAAAUUAUUUUUUGAAUUGCAUGUAAUAGUGUAGAAAAUGUUUAGGACAAAUUUGUAUUAAAAAAACAUGAAGUAUGUCUUUUAUAGGUUGUAAAUGCAAGACUUUAAACAUUCCAACAGUUUAAUUAAACUUAUCUGUACACUUAACAAGG